AUGUUUGAGCGAAGGAAACGAAAUGGGGAAGUUGUAAAGCGUUCUUGGCUUUGUUUCUCCCCCGCAAAUGGGCGGGUCUACUGCUUCUUUUGCAAGCUAAUGGGUGUUUCAAGAUCUCAAUUCACAUCUGAUGGGUUCUGCGACUGGAAGCAUGCUAAUAGGCUUGUUGUCCAUGAGCAAUCAAAGGACCACAUUCAAGCAGUUUUGUCAGCAGCAAGUCGUGCAAAGGGAGCUGGCGGUAUAGAUUCUAAACUAACUACGCAUGUGGGUCAAAUUGAGCAGUAUUUGUGUAGUCUUCUAAAGCGAUUGAUCAGCGUGCUUAAAUUUAUAUGUGAAAGAGGGCGAGCUCUUCGUGGAGAUGAUGAAGUAAUUGGAUCUCCUCAUAAUGGAAAUUACUUGGGAUUACUAGAGCUUUUGGCCGAGUAUGAUGACUUCCUCAGGCAACACAUCCAGAAUCAUGCUAAUCGUGGCACUGGUCAUACAAACUACCUGUAUUUGUCUUCAACCAUCUGUGAAGAAAUUGUCAGACUAAUGGGCAAUGAAGUACUGAACGAAAUUAUCUCACGUAUAAAGCUCUCAAAAUAUUACUCAAUUUCUCUAGAUUCCACCCCUGAUGAAGGCCAUAUUGAUGAACUAACUCUGAUAAUCAGAUUCAUGGAGCAUGACACACCUGUUGAGAGAUUUGUGAAAUUCUUGCCAAUUGAAGGACACAAGGCUCAAGAAAUGUUUAAAGGUUUGCUGAAGUUUUUUGCAGACAAUGACAUUGACAUUCAAAAUUGUCGUGGGCAAUCUUAUGAUAAUGCAACAUCUAUGAGUGGGAGGUACAAUGGUCUGCAAGCCAAAGUUGUAGCUGAAAAUCAUCAUGCAAUUUGGAUACCCUGUGCUGCUUCUACACAUCGUUAUGCAAUUCUUAGUGAUUUAUUGAAAACUGUAGCGUCUGGCCCGGUAUCUGUGCCAAAGAGGAUUUCCACAACAAGAUGGUCCUGUCGAGCAGUUGAAGUGAAAGCAGUUGUCCAAGGUUAUCUCCCAAUCCGUGAAGCACUUGCUAAAAUAGCUAGAGAUGAAAAUGAGACGAGCAAAACAUGUUACAAAGCCAAUGGUCUCCAUGAUAAGAUGUGCAAGUUAGAGACUGCUAUUUAUGCUGUGCUUUGGCAUGACAUUCUUGGCAGAGAUGAUGCAACAAGCCAUGCAUUGCAAGAUCCUAAACUCGAUUUGAACACAGCAGUAGCAAUGCUGAAGUCCUUGGAAUGUUUUAUACGAGAAAAAAGAGAUUGCUUCCAUGUUUAUGAGAAGAAGGGAAGGGAAAUGUCAGAAACUGGGGAUUAUUCACAGACACGCAAGCGUCAACGUAAUGUACGACUCAAUCCAUUGGAUUAUGGACGAUCAGAAGAAGCAGCCCUCUCACAAUCAGAAAAAUUUCGGGUUCAGAAUUUCCUUCCAGUAAUUGAUCAGUUCCUGAGUUCACUGGAUCAACGGUUAAAGGCCUAUGAGGAAACCAGUUCACUUUUCGGGUUCUUGUCUAAACUGGAGUCAAUGAAUUGUGGCGAAAGUGAAGCAGCUGCAGCAAAAUUGGUUGCUCAGUACAAAAAUGAUUUGGAUCAAACACUUGGAGUUGAACUUGGGCAGUUUACAGCAUUCUUCACUCAAUUUCUUGAAGACGAAGAUGAUGAGAAAGGGAGGGCACAUUACCUUUACAAGCUGUUGAUAGACAAGAAAGUUGUAGAUACAUUUCCAAAUAUUGAAAUAAUGCUGUGGAUGUACUUGGUGCUCAUUUCACAAACUGUUCUGGAGAACGUUCUUUCAGUAAAAUGA